AUGGCGUCCGCACCGCCCGACAAGGACAAGUCCAAAGUGCACAAGCUGUCGCUCAAGGGCAGCGCCAAGCUUGUCGCCGAGUUUUUCCAAUACUCGAUCCACACGAUCCUCUUCCAGCGCGGCGUGUACCCGGCCGAGGACUUCUCGGCGGUUAAAAAGUACGGGCUCAACAUGCUGGUGUCGUCAGACGACCAGGUGCGGGCGUACAUCAAGAAGAUCAUGGGGCAGCUGGACCGGUGGAUGGUGGGCGGCAAGAUCUCCAAGCUGGUGAUUGUCAUCACCAACAAGGACACGGGUGAGCCGGUCGAGCGGUGGCAGUUUGACGUCCAAAUCUUCGCCAAGCCAUCCAAAUCGUCCCGCUCCAAGCAACCGACACCCAAACCCUCCCCCAACCCCCAAGCCGACAGCGAAAACGCCGAGCCAAGCCCAACCACACCAACAUCCCCGCCCGCCGAGAAGACGGAAUCCGAGAUCCAGGCCGAGAUCGCCGCCAUUUUCCGACAAAUCACUGCCUCGGUGACGUUCCUGCCGCAGCUGGCAGGCGACUGCACGUUCAACGUGCUGGUGUACGCGGACGCGGACAGCGACGUGCCGGUGGAGUGGGGGGACAGCGACGCCAAGGAGAUUGUGGACGGAGAGCGGGUGCAGCUGCGAGGGUUCAGCACGGCGAGCCACCGCGUCGACACGCUGGUCAGUUACCGGCUGCAGGACUGA